CUCAGCUCCACAUGCUCAGUCUCAGUCGUACUCCCUCCUGCACGCACCUCUGAUUUCCUCUUCACUUUCUUCACUUCUUAUUCUCCGCUUUUUUUCACCUUGGACUGAGAUGAAAAGAGAAAGGAUGGAUCAUCUUUUAUUUUGAUCAGCCUGAACGGUACAAAAGAAGCAAAAAAAAAAAAAAAAAAGAACAUUGAAGGAGAUUUCUUCAGUGUGCAGAGGUUAAAGGAGAUGGCUCGGCUCCACUUGCACUGAGAAUCUACAUCUGAAAAGCCGACGACAUGAACACCACAAACUACCAUGGACUGAUUCAAGGCUACAGCAACAGCAGCGAACCUUCAGGGACUUUGCCACUCAACAAAGACUUAUCGGAGAAGGAUUCUUCUGCGGGAUGCUACGAACAGCUGCUGAUUUCUACCGAGGUUUUCCUCACUCUGGGAAUCAUCAGCCUGCUGGAGAACAUCCUAGUGGUGGCUGCUAUCGUCAAAAACAAGAACCUUCACUCACCUAUGUACUUUUUUAUCUGUAGUCUUGCGGUGGCUGACAUGCUCGUGAGUGUCUCCAAUGCCUCUGAGACUAUCGUAAUCGCUCUCAUCAACGGAGGCAACCUAACCAUCCCGGUGACAGUGAUUCGAAGUAUGGACAAUGUGUUUGACUCUAUGAUCUGUAGCUCCCUGUUGGCUUCUAUUUGCAGCCUGCUCGCUAUCGCCGUCGAUCGUUACAUCACUAUCUUCUACGCGCUCAGAUACCACAACAUCGUCACCUUGCGUAGAGCGAUGCUGGUCAUCAGUAGCAUCUGGACAUGCUGCACCGUAUCGGGCAUCCUGUUUAUCAUCUACUCAGAAAGCACCACCGUCCUCAUUUGUCUCAUUACCAUGUUCUUCACCAUGCUCGUCCUCAUGGCAUCGCUUUACGUGCACAUGUUCUUGCUGGCGCGUCUGCACAUGAAGAGGAUCGCAGCGCUGCCUGGCAAUGCGCCCAUCCAGCAGCGAGCCAACAUGAAGGGCGCCAUCACCCUGACCAUCCUCCUGGGGGUGUUCGUGGUGUGCUGGGCGCCCUUUUUCCUCCACCUCAUCCUCAUGAUCACUUGUCCGAGGAACCCUUACUGCACCUGCUUCAUGUCUCACUUCAACAUGUACCUCAUCCUGAUCAUGUGCAACUCCGUCAUCGACCCCAUCAUCUAUGCCUUUCGCAGCCAGGAAAUGAGGAAAACCUUCAAGGAGAUUUUUUGCUGCUCACAGGCUUUUAUUUGUGUGUGAAGCAGCAGGUUUAACCCUCAUGGCAC